AUGGCUGCUGAAACCGCUCCCCUUCCUUCUCCUGCUCCUGAGAAGCCUGUUGUUGUUGAGGCUCUCAAGGAAAUCGACCUUCCCGAGAAACCUGCUCUGUCAGUUAAAGUUACCGACACGACAACCUCGGAAAAAUCUCUCGAUAUCGACGAUUCUUCUUCUUCUGCUUCUUCAGAUGAAGAUACCACUAUUGAUUCUUUUCACUCGCCUGCCGCUUCCGAGCCGGCAUCACCUACUGAAAUGAAGCGUGAACUUACCCCUUCCGUCAAAUCCAUCGUGCACGAUGACGAUACUUCAUCCACUGCACCGGUUCUGGAAUCGUCUGCAUCCAGUGAAAUCUCUCCCAAGAGCUCUCCGAUCCAAGCUGCCGUCAAGGAUGACGACCCUGACCGUCGUCCUUCAAAUGCCAUCUCUACCACUUCUAUGGACGAUAUCGACCUGGCUGGAGGAGCCACUGUCGCCGUUGCUGCUGUUGCCGUCGCUGCCAGCACGGCUUCCAUAAAGUCACGUUCUUCGGUCUCUUCUCAAUCCGGCCCUCCAAAGUCAACUCCCACUCCUCCUCCUACCGUUGUCUCUAAAUUUUCUUUGCCGUGGGGGUCGUCAUCGUCCUCGUCAAACCCACCGCCCGUCCCUGCCAAGGACACGACUACUACCGCUACCAUCACCGCUACUGCUGCAGCUGCAGCUGCAGCUACUGCAACUCCUGCUCCUGCUCCCCGACGAGGUCCAUUCAGCUGGCUUUCCCGGUCAAGCACUAGCUCCGUUCCUUCGACCACCUCGCCUCCGGGAACCACAGCCACAACUGGUUUCUUCUCCAGCAGGAGAAACACCACAUCUUCUGCAACAACUCCAGCUUCCUCCAUCACAACACCGACACAGAAUGGCCCUUCCCUUCCAACUCUCAACGCUCCAACCAUCCAAACAUUCCUAGCAAAACCGUCCGGACAGGAUCUCACUCAACAAAGAAUGGAAACCACAAAGGACAACCUCUCUCAUGCCGACGCCAACCUCCAAGAGGAGGCCGUCAAGGGCAUCAAUUCUCUCCGAAUCAGCUUCCAAAGGAUCAAGGAGGGCGAGGAAGCUAGCAUCAUCGAUGUCCCCGUCGGCGAUCAAUCGGAGGGUACUCCAUCCCGCCCGGGUACUUCUGGCACCGGUCGCGAAACAAUCGGUGAAGAUGAAAUUGACUGGGAAUUCUGGUCCUCGGUCGUCGAAGAUUAUUAUGCUGUCGCUGCCAAGUCCUCAAAUCUCCUCACGGAAAAGGUCCAAGCUGGAAUUCCUGCCACCAUCCGUGGAACCGUUUGGCAAUCAAUUGCUCGCUCCAAGACUGAAUCCAUCGAGGCGGUCUAUCGCGAGUUCAACGCUCUCCCGGGAACACACAUGACCACCAUUCCAAUUCACCGACCCCCAUCCAUGGUCCCCGGUGAUCCGACACCACCUGCACCUGUUGACUGCAAGACCGUUUCCCAGCUCGAGAAAGAGAUCAAGAAGGACAUGGGUCAACGCACCAGCUUUGCCAACUAUAAGGGAUUCCGUCAGGAAGGCCUCAUGGGCCUCAUGAAAGCUUAUGCCAUCUACGAUCCCGAAGUCGGCUACGUCCAGGGCAUGGCUUUCCUCGGUGCUCCAUUGCUUCUCAAUAUGACCGAAGAAGAGGGUUUCUGUAUCCUCGUCGAGCUGAUGAGAACUUACUCCCUCAGGGAUAUGUUCACACCCGGAAUGAAGGGUCUGCACCUCAGACUCUACCAGUACGAUCGUCUUCUCGAGGAUCUUUGUCCUGCCUUGUCGGUCCACUUGAACAGGAGGAAGGCACAGUCUAGCCUAUACGCAACACAAUGGUUCUUGACAUUGUUUGCGUACAAGUUCCCUCUUCAACUUGUUCUCCGAGUGUACGAUUUGGCCAUCACCGAGGGUAUCGAGGGUGCUGUUUUGAAGUUCGGUAUCGCCUUGAUGAAGAAGAAUGAAGCUGCCCUUCGACAGAUAGACAAUUUGGAGGCCUUGCUGCCGUUCUUGAGGGAGAAACUCUUCGACGCGUAUAUCGACAAGAACCCAAGUGCCAACAGCUUGAAGGAAGCCGGGUUCUUCGGAAACGGGGGUGAAAAGGAAAUCUAUAAAGCCAAUGAGUUAGUUCGAGAUGCCUGCGAUAUCGUUGUUACACCGGAAAUGUUGCACAAGUACACCGUCGACUGGGUCGAGAUGGAUAAGCGUGAGAUGGAGGAAAUGCUAGAGAAGGAAGCUUUGAAGAAUCAGAACAACCUUCUCAAUGCGAAGGUCAAGCAGCUAAGCAAGGAGAUCGAGAGCUUGACUGAGGAACACGUCGCCGUUGCUACCGAUCUUGUCCACAAGAAGAUGCAGAACUCGCAACUGUUGGAUGAGAACGAAGGCUUGAAGAUCGAAGUUGACGAAUUGAAGGUUGUCGUUGACAAGCAACCCAAGGAGGUUGAGCUGAAGAUGAAGGAUGAGAUGGAAAAGGUUAUGAAGAGGAAUUUGGAGAUUCACAAUGAGAACCAAUCAUUGGAGGACCAAAUGCGUGAGAUGGAGAUGGAGCUAGUCGGAACAAAGAUGAGUUUGGCAGAGAUUACGGAAGCCCACGAACUCCUCAAGACCCGCUGGAAUGAGCUUCGCAAGGCGCUAGGUGAUUAG